GAAAUAUCCCCAGGCACAGUGUGGGUGGAUUUAUUUGUUUGGCAAACUUUCCAUUAAAAUAAAAACUUAAGCCUGAAAAGAAACACAUUUUUUAUUCAGAAAAUUAUAUUUUGUAAGUGAUAUUGGAAGCUGUUUUUUUUUUCUAGUCUCAGUGAGUCUCCAUGAACUGAACCGUAGAUGUUCUGUCCUUAGCUGACAGGAGCAAUACUGUGUUUAAUUUUUCCUGUUUAAAUAUACAUCCAUUAUUGUUUACUUUUUAACAUUUUUUGUUUUAUUGUGAAAUGUAAAUUGGUUGAAGAGGAAGUGUCUUUUCGAAUCAGAGCUUUACUUGUCAUUCAUUGGUCAAUGAGAAGGAAGUAACCGGAAAUGGAAAUGUUCGCUUGACUGACUAGUUUCCGAAACAAGAAACGUUUCAAAGUUCGUUCUGUUUUUGUAGCAGAUUUGUGAGAGCCUGUGUGAGGAUUUCGCUUUUAGAUUUGAACCGCUGUGAUUAUUUCCAGACGAAAUUAGCAGUCCAGACUGUAAUUAGUCUUCAUCAGCAAAGCGAAAUAACUAUUAGCCGCUGUGUAGCUAAAGCAGCUAACAGCAGUGAGGUAAUUAGUGUUUGUGGCUUUUAAACCUUCUGCAUUUCAUAAUGUGGUGCUACAAGAAAACCUUGACUUACUGUGAAGGUUGAAGACAACUACUGCGAAGACCUUCAUCGUCUUCAACCUGAGACGAUGAAGGUUGAAGCAGAUGAACCUGGAGGGUUCAGCUUGGAUCCUCCUAUACCUGCAGCAUCCGCAUCAGAACAAGUGGAAAAACAAGACAGCAAAGAUCUCAAGAUAACAGUCCAAAUGUUGAUUAAAGCAGAGGUUCCCCAUGGUGGCAGUUCCAGUUUUGACCAGCAGGAUCCUGAACCCCACAUAAAGGAGGAAGAGGAAGAACAAUUGAUCAGUCAGGAGGAAAUGCAUCUUUCUGUGAAGAGGGAAGAUGAAGAGAAAACUGAGUUAUCAGAGUUUCAUCAGAUCAAAACUGAAGACGCCCUAGAAACAGAAGAUCCAACCAGCAGCUUAGCUGAACAGGUUGAAUCAGAACCUGAUGAAGAGGAGUUUGGAGGAUCACAACCAGACAGAAUCCAAGAUCCAGGGGGUGUUUCACAACAAAGUAAGAUGACGGUUCAGAAAAAAGGCAUAAGAUCUAAACUGUGUUCCAAACGUAGGAGACAAAUUGGAGUUGAAGCUGAAGAUAAACCCUUUAGUUGCAUUGUUUGCGGCAAAAGAUUCAAACGUAAGACUCACAUUAAAUUACACAUGAUGAUUCACUCUGGAAAGAUAGAGUACAGCUGUGAUCUUUGUAAUAAAGGGUUUAAAGAAAAGACUUCGCUUCUUACACACAUGAGACUCCACACUGGAGAGAGGCCAUUUGCUUGUGAUGAUUGUGGUAGAAGGUUCCAUGCAAAGAGAAUCCUUAAAACUCACCUGAAGGUCCAUUCAGAAGAAAAACCCUUUUCUUGUGAUGUUUGCAGUUCAAGAUUUAAAAUGAAAGAAACUCUUAAAAAGCACAUGCGGAUCCACCUCAAGGAGAAACCAUUUGUUUGUAGUGUUUGCAGUAAAGGAUUUUCACAACAAGAGAAUCUAAAGAGUCACAUGCGUGUUCACACCGGUGAGAAACCGUACAUUUGUAACGUUUGCAGUCAAGGAUUUUCUCUACAUCAGACUCUAAAGAGACACAUGUGUGGUCACACGGGAGAAAAACCAUUUGCUUGCAGUGUUUGCAAUAAAGAAUUUUCACGACAAAAUUGUCUGAAGAUUCACAUGCAUGUCCAUACAGAAGAGAAGCUGUUUAGUUGUAAUAUCUGCAGCAGAGGAUUUUCACGACAAGCCUAUCUGAGAAAACACAUGAAUGUUCACAUGGCAAGAUUUAGCUGUAACUACUGUAGUAAACAUUUUGUGAAGAAAAUAGAUUUUCUGCAACAUGUGAAGCUCCACGCAUAGAAGAGCCCAUUUGGCUGUGAUGUCUGUAACACCAGAUUUGAUCAAAAAUGUCAUCUAGAAAAUGACGAGAGAAACUGAUGGUAAAACAUGAAGCAUGUUAAUAAUACGGAGAGCCAAAGAAAAUCAUAGAUGUUCUUGAGGUCAACAACUAGCAAUGGUUAUGACAGUUGAUUAAUCUGUCAGUAUGUUUCUAGUAAAUCAAUGAUUUUGUUAACCAAUCUCUGCUUUCUGUGGGUAUGCCAUCUGUUUUCAGCACUGAUACAUAUUUCACUCCUAGCUUGCAGGUCAGCAAAGUUGUGAAUUUCAUCUUGGUGCUUUUUAAGAAAAAUAAUACCCAGAAAGUUCAAUCAAUAAAUCAGCAAAAGAAGAGCUCUGUCAAAAUAAUUUUAUGUUUCAAGUUGAUCUGUACAGGCAAUUUAAAGGAGUAACAACUGCGAGUAAGAUGCCUUCUGAUCCGAGUUAUCUUAUGUUCCCUGUUUUCAAAUUUUCUCGCACAUUAAAUUAUGGAAAAGUUAUAUUGAUGAUUGUUUUAUUAUGGUCCUGUUGAAAAUGUUCUGUCGUCAUACCAGUGUUCAAAUCACUGUCAUAGACAUAAAUAAUGACCAAAUCUGUAAAAUAUCAACUUUUUAGAAACUCUGUUAACAUAAAGAGGAAAAAUUCUGAUUAAUGAAACUUUAAAAAUUAAAAAUAUUCCACCUGAGGUAACAAUAUUGAGGAAAUAUUGGCAUGGGAUUUUUGAGAACUAUCCUUAAGUGGUGUGAAAAAAAUGUAUGAAUCCACCACAAAUGUUAAUCCCAUCUGACCUUUUUCCUGUAAAAAUUUCCACAUAUUUAAAUCUUCUACACAGUCUCACAGAUAUUUAAUAUCCUAGGGGAAGGAUAUUUACCUACCAAUUUCCCUUACAAAGAUACUGCCGAUGGACAUCUAAUCACCAGGAAGUUAAUAAGAAGUUAAUUUUUAGUUCAAAACAUGUUACAAAUCUCAAAAAUAUGA